AUGGCGCUUUUUCGUUGUCUGAAUUUUUCCUUGCCAAACUUGGUCAAUAUAUCGGCCAGGUGUAUCGUUUCUAAGACACCUCCAAAGAAGAUGACGUUGGAAUUGCGUCGUGCUUUAUUAGACGAUGCUGACCCUCAUUACAGAACUCGAAUUCAUGAUUCAACCUAUGAAGCACGGGAGAUUAUGAAGAAAGCACCCAAUGCAUCGAUCACUGACACAGUUGUCGUACCUGAAAAGACUGAUAUCACUCCUCUCUCCAAUAUUCCAUUGGAACAACUUGAAACUCGCACUGUUCGUAUCUACAUGCCCAGUAAAUCGGCAACCCAAUCGGGUACAUACAGUUCAAAUAAGUGGCGUCUUGAGGUAAAUAACCAGCAACGUUGGGAAAACCCUCUUAUGGGAUGGGCCAGUACUGGUGAUCCUCUCUCCAAUUUCGUUAUGGAUUUCCAUGAUGCUGAAUCAGCGAUUGCAUACUGCAAGGAUCAAGGAUGGAAGUACUUUGUUGAGGAGCCGAAAAAGACGCUCGAAAUGCCAUUGUUAAAUUCGGUGACCAUGACGAGAAGUCGUCGAUCAAAUGCAGGCUCGCGGAUGGCUCGACUGUUGAAUGAAGAGGAAGAAGACGACUUUUAUCAGAGUGCCUAUGGAGGUUUCGCUGAGGAAGAAAAUGACAAUGAUUAUGAAUCCGAGAGUUCCGGGCGCGAUUCAAUCGACACUGACUUUGUUGACACUGAAGAAGAGGAUGAAGAUGAAGGGAGUGCAAACGAUGUCUUGGAUGAAGAAAAGCGCAAAAAACGAACUAGACGAGUAAUUACUAAGAGCUACAAGGAACCAAAGGCCAAAAAGGGGGCUACUGAGAAACCAAAGACAGAAUCGAGAUCAAGAAAUCGUGUAGCAACAUCUGGAACAGAAAAUAACGAAAAUUCAGCAGAUGCUGUUGAGGCUCGAAAAUUGCGAGCCAGUACAGUUCGUGCCACUGAAACCGCGCUACAGCGUCGAAAGCAACAGGGACCCAACUCAGAAGUUACAGCAGUAAAACGGAAAGCGCUUCUGGCUGAAAUCGCUCAGCGCAAAAAUGUCGCUGAAGUGCGUCGAUUAACACAAGAAGAGCUCCUAGCUGAAGCUAAAAUUACAGAGGAAAUAAAUAAGAGAUCCUUGGCCCGCUAUCAACGUAUGGAAAUCGAGCGUAAAAAGAUUCGUGUUCAAAAGACCGUAUCCCAACAGCCAAUGAUUCGUACCCACAGUUUCACUGUUCCAUCUCUUACCGAUCAGCCUGAAGUGUAUAAUGUUACAGUCAACUCUGAAAACGACGUUGAAAUGCGACAAAUGCUUGUCGAUCAAUCUGCUAAAUGCGCCCGAACUCUUGUCUCUUUUGCUGACGAGGCAACUUUUGCAGCGGCUUUUCCUUCAGCGGUUUCAAACACCGGCUCUAAGUCCUCAGCUCCAGGUCGAAAAAAACGCGUUAAACACUGUCCAAUCACCGGAAAAGUUGCCCGGUACUUGGACCCUCUCACCCGUACUCCUUAUGCUGAUCUAGCCGCUUUCAGAGCCCUCAGACACCUCUAUCGAAUGCACCUGGAGACUGGUUCCUCAGCAUCUGAACUGCUUCGACGUUUACGAGCAGGAGAGCUGAGACUUGGAGGUCCUACUGAAGAUGGAAUGCAGGCGGAGACCUUUGUGCUGAUGCGCCUUUACACAAGGGUUUUGAAGUUCAUUUUCUUUAGUUCUUUAAUGGUAACGGAAGCAGGAGAAUUGGUUGAGCUAGUUGAGUCUGGACUUCACAAGGAGUAUCCCGAAGUCUUUUUGGAAUGCGCCCUCCAUAAUCUGCGGACGCUCUGCAUACCUGAUUUCGAAAUCCUCAAAUCUCUUUACACCCCAGAAUCCAAGUCCCUGAAUCUAUUCCAACAUGCGACUAAUAUUCUGUUGAAACAGAGGUCUGCUUUUAUGAAAAUGCUUCAAUGGUUGCAUUGUGUUCAGAGUAAUACUCAAACAUUGCAGGUGCUCAUGUCUGAGCACUUUGAAGUCUCGCCUUUUUCUGAUUUGAAAAUUUCUGUUAUUGGAGGCCUCUUCACUCCCGAUGUUUACAAAGUUAUCGAGCCGUAUCUCUAUUCUUACCUUUUACUGGAACUCAUAUCUGCUGAAAGGGAAGUUCCAGCGGAGUAUAACUGCUUUAAGGAGUCUAAAACUACUGCUGAAUUGUUAAAAGAUGAAUCUAUUGGCAACCUCGUGGAAGUUUGUCAUGAACUGUUCUCUCCAAAAGCUUCGUUUUCACUGCUAUUCCUACUUGAAAACUUGGUUGUUUCAUUUGCUGAGGCAGCUUUUAUUUAUAAGACCAGGGAACUUAUAGGUGGUUGUUAUACCAAGUCCUUUCUUGAAUCCCUGAAGCUCUAUGAAGAGAAGGUAAUGAGAGAAACCUGGCUCCCACGUGUUCUUGAUCAUUCUGGUUCAUCUUCUGUCCCUUGGAAUGCGCAUCUCGUAUAUUCUACCUAUUAUGAAGUCCGACGUCCGGAGUUAUUCUCCAUCUUAAUAGAUUAUCCGCAAUCUCAUCCUUCUGUAAUGGAUUUGAAAACCUAUCUGAUGGGAACUCGAUGUCUUCAAAAUCUCAUUGACCCUUUAAGUAAGGAGAUUUCCUCUAAGCUUCUCCAACCCGGUGUCCAUACAGAUGAAGUAUUGCUGGUCUACGGGAGUUUGGUAAGAAGUCUGAGAGAAAUUGAUCCUUCUUCGGUAGCACAGGAUAUCAUUUGCUCACCAGUGGCUUCGUAUCUUCGGGAAAGGGAGGAUGCUGUGAGGUGUAUUGUCGAUCGUCUGAUUGCCCCAGCAUCGGAUGAGGAAAGUGGUGUGGAAUCAGAUCAAUUGUUGGGGCUUCAGAAAGAACUUCUUUUGCCUGCUCCUCUGGAAGUCGAACCAGCAGACGAAACUAGGGACUGUGAUGCGCAUCUUGUAUUUCAUGGACACAAGAAGUUUGGUAAUUCGAGAGAAUUCAACAAAUAUCAUGAAAGGUACUUUAGCCUCAAUGAGCACCUUGCAGCAUUUGAGAAUAUCGCUACAUUGGAUAUUAGCCUUCCUUGGAAUAUUUUAUUAGAUGUUACGUCUGUGCUUAUCCUUCAUGUCAUCCUACCUACUUCAGAUCCCGAUGAAUGUUUUCCCCAAGAAGUGUGGGCAGUUGAAGGUGAUCCUGAACAGGCCUUCCCUGAGGAAUCCUGUCCAGUUAAUAGUGACUGGGAUCGAUGGAUGCCUGACCCACUGGAAGCUCUUCACCACACCGGUCCACCGUGGAAACGUCGGAUUGACUUGCUGAGUCUCCUCGUUGGUGGUAUCUAUGGUAGCAAGAGAUCCUUCCUAACAGAAUAUCGGGCUUUGUUGAGUCAGCGGUUGCUGAAACAGCUCAAUUUUGAUAUAGUCGCGGGAAAGAAGCAUUUGCAGCUGUUGAAAAUGAGGUUUGGAGAAGUGGAUAUGCAAGAGUGUGAGAUAAUGUUGCAAGAUAUUCGUGAAUCCAAACGAAUUAGUUAUCAAAUAGCCGAAGAGUUGAAAGGUGAAACCGCUUCCAAAGAUCCUGAUCUUGAAGAUUCCGUUGAAUACUUCCAACUGCAAGCAUACAUUCUCUCUGGUGAAUACUGGCCCGAAUUCCACAAUGAACGAUUCAAAUUGCCCGAUGGUUUGACGCCAACAUUCACGAGAUUCACUAAGAGAUACGAAAAAGUGAAGCUUAAUCGGACAAUAAAUUGGAUGUUUAAAUUGGGUAUGGUCAAUGUGAGUCUUGAUAUCGGUGGUGAAACUGUCACUGUCGACGUUAGUCCCGUCCAGGCUGCAAUUCUUCAUCUUUUCACACUCAAACCCCGCUGGACAGUCAAUGACAUUGGGCAGGUAUACUUAUUUGAUUAA